CUUUGAUAUAUUUGAUCCAUAGAAAACCCAAACUCAUUCUGUCCCCAACCACGUCGUGGGUUGCGGCAGGACAAGAUACGCACUGUUAAGACCACGCGAAAUGAGUGGGCUUGCACAGUGUCUAAACAUCCCGCCGUGUAAAACACUGUGUGCCCCAUUCCUUGCCACCAAUGGAUUUGUCGGCUGACUGGCGCGUGUCUGAGGCCCAACUUUACCACCAGCAGUUGCAAUUUCAGAGAGUGCGGGAAGAAACUGCAGAUGAGGCGAAAGAAGGCUGGUCUUCUUGCCCAUCCAUAAUCUUUGCACGAAGGCAACGCCUUGCGAGUCGACGCCGCAACCAGCCUGCUCUCACGCAUGGCGGAUAGUUGAUCUCUCCCCUCCUCUCCGCCUUUCAACCCAUGAUACGUCAUGAGCGACCUUCAACGAGCCUGGGCCAAGGCCAAAAUGGGCAUUACGAACGACAUGUUCAACGAGAUGGACGAGGAAAUGGAGACUGAUCAGAUUUCCGAGUUGCCGGAGCCAGUGGAUGACGAUUCCUCCUCAGCCUCGUCGGCGUCGUCCAUGUCGUCAACUGGCACAGUUAUCCCGUCGCCGAACCAGAAACUGUUUGCCAGACCCCAAGGAUUUUCCCGAGGCAGGACCCUAGAGCAAAUCCCGUGGACAACCUACUUUGAACGAGAGUUGACGCUGAGAUCGGAAACCGACCCCGCAGUCGUCUAUCAUGCGUAUCUCACAUCGCCUGUGGAUAAGGGACCAUUGUUUGUGAUGCACCACGGAGCGGGAUCCUCGGGAUUGUCUUUUGCUGUGGUUGGUAGCGAAAUCCGGAAACGCCUGUCCUCAGCAGGCAUUCUAGCCAUUGACUGCCGAGGCCAUGGCUCAACUGUUUCCCCGGAUGACGAGGAGUUAGACCUUGGUCUCGGCACACUAUCUUCAGAUCUAUAUUCUGUGAUUCAACUGACGAAGGCGGAAAUGAACUGGAAAGAGUUACCCUCGAUAGUUCUCGUGGGUCACUCCCUAGGCGGAGCUGUUAUUACCGACCUGGCUAAAACGGGCAAACUGGGGACAUCUCUCUUGGGCUACACCGUGCUCGACGUGGUCGAGGGUUCUGCUAUUGAUGCCCUGCAGAGCAUGCACACAUAUCUUUCCACCCGGCCCGUGGGCUUUGCCACACUGCAGGCUGGGAUCGACUGGCAUAUCCGAUCACGGACGAUCCGCAACUCGAUUUCUGCUCGGACAUCGGUCCCAGCGCUGUUGGUGUUUAACGCAAACGUGGACCCGACGCGGCCUUGGAGAUGGCGGACUAACCUGGGGGCGACGCAACCGUUCUGGGAGGGCUGGUUUGUGGGGUUGAGUAAGAAAUUCCUGGGGGCGAGAGGAGGAAAGCUACUCCUCCUCGCUGGAACUGAUCGGCUUGAUACCGAAUUGACGAUUGGCCAAAUGCAAGGUAUGGAAUGUAAACCUUGCUCAAUGUUGAAUCUUGGCGGCUUACACAUAUGAACACAGGGAAAUACGCCCUGCAGGUCU